CUUUGCUGCCGCCCCAGCAACCGGCCGUAAACACUGGCCGCGAGCGUCGCAUGCCACCAUCGCCAGCACCCGAUAGAGAUAGCAACACGAUUCGCUCAAUGUAACGCCCAGAAUGACUACCCUCGCAGCAAACGACCAGGAGAACGCCGUCCGCCAUCUGCACGCCGGCGCGGCGGGAAAGUCGCUCAAUGCCGGCCUCAAGGGCUUCAACGCCAAAACACCCGGAAACAAAGCCCCCAAGACGCCCUUCAAGAUCCCCCUCAACGACGAAAAUGCCGUGGGCAAAGCCGGAAAGUCGGUCCUGCAAACCAAGGGCAAGGGAAACGAGCUCUUUACCACCAACAAGGGCGGCAAGAUCGACCAGAAUGCCUUUGUGACGCCAGCCGGUCCGCGCACGCGCGCGCCGCUGGGCAUGAAGACGACCAACGCCAAAUCCAGGCCCUUUGGAACCCCGGCGCCUCUCUCCUCCGCAAAGACACAAAAGCUCAGCCCUCGCCUGCGCCGCCCAAAAGUCAAGGUCCACCAGCCGGAAGUCGCGCAAGAGUCCGAAGAUGACGUGCCUGAGAUCGAAUACAUGCCCCCCAAGGAGGUCCCUCUGGAAGAUGACAUGGACGAAUACCUACCUAAGAACUGGACCAUGCCCAAGAUCAGUAACGAGGACAUGGUCCGUGGCAUUUGGCAAGCCUAUCACAAUCCAAUUGAGGACGACGGAAGGACCCGUGAGCAGCGCAAGUUUGAGGAGGAGAUAGAGCAGGGCAGGAAGAAGCGUGAUGAGCAGAUGGACAAAAUACUCGCGGCACAGCUGGCCAAGGACGAUGCUGAGACGAGGGAGUACUACGGUAUCAAGGAGCCCAAGAAGGAGGCCCCCAAGGCACCCACUGCCCUCAGGAAGGCGGCCACUGGACCAUCGACUAUGCGAGCCAGAUCUGCCGCUGCCGCACUCUCUCCACCGUCCAAGCCUAGCUACGCUGCCCCCACUGCAGCUGUAAAGUCGCGUGUACCCACUGGACUAGUCGCAGGCAGGAAGGGAGCAAAAACUCCCACGGAGCUCACAGCAUCCCGUCAAGCAUCCGCCGUAGCAGCCUCCAAGAGCACCAUCGGCUACGCCCAAGGCCGCGCCGGACGCGCAGCCCCAGCUGCACGCAAGCCUCUCUCCAACGUCACCAAGCCCGCUCCUUUCUCCGCCGCCCCCCGACCCGCCUCCUCGACGCACAUCCGCAGUGUCAGCACCAACACUGGUACCAUGCGAGGUCGCGGCCCGGUGUCUCGCUGCAGCUCAACUUCCACCAAUGCCACACUUGUCACAAGUCAAGAGGAAGAGCAACCCCGCCGCACAGCUGAAGAUGUAGAGCGUGAAAUGGAGUUGUUGCUUCUGUCACGCUCCGACGACGAGGACGAUGAUGCGUGGAUGAAUAGCUUCAACACACAGCUACAUGGUGAAGAUCCACUCGAGGAAGAUCACGAAAAUUUCCAGCUUCAACUCCCUGAAGGCUUCUAGACCUUAAUAGACAGUUUGGAAACGGCAUAUCAGCGGAUCACCACUUUAUUCGUCGUUGUGCUGUUAAUGGGUUGCGGAGUACCGGUAUUGGAUACCUCUUGCUUUACACGCGCAUGAUUAUUUGGGUCUACAUUCUAUCACGGUGGUUUCCUAUGCAUAAUACAUAGCAUGAUUGUACUUGUAUUAAACACCAGACGUUUCACUGUCACUACUACACAUCAAGACAUAUAUCACCAAUGUAAAAUUGCCGUCAACGGAC